UCCAAGCUGCUCUCGCCGUCGGUAAAAACAUAAGAAACGGCUCUCGACCUCGAUCGAUCAAUCGGGCGUCCGCAAACUUGCAUAUUUCCGUAAUCUUGGAAACCGUCGUUCUCCGAGGAGUAAUCGAGAAGAAACAGCAAUGGAGAGAAGGAAGAGAUCGAUUGGAUUCGCGGAGGUCUUAUCGAUUCUUGGGCUUCUCCUCAGCUGCCCUCGCCGCCUCUCUGCGCUCUCCAUCACCGUAAACGACGUGGAGUGCGUCUCCGAGUUCGUGCUCUCCGAUGGUGACACCAUCUCUGGUAACUUCGUCGUGGUCGAUCGCUCCCGGAGUUCGGAUCAUCCCGGCAUCGAUAUGGUGGUGCAAACUUCUAGGGGCGACACUGUCCACUCUCUGAAGGGAACUUCUGGUGACAAAUUUGAGUUUAAAGCCCCAAGAGCUGGAAUGUACAAGUUUUGCUUUCAUAAUCCAAGCAGAACACCAGAGACUGUGUCUUUCUACAUACAUGUUGGCCAUAUUCCCAAUGAACAUGACCUGGCCAAAGACGAGCAUUUGGAUCCCGUAAAGGUAAGGGUUGCACAGCUCAGGGAAGCACUGGAGUCUGUUACAUCAGAACAGCGGUACCUGAAAGCCCGUGAAGCUCGCCACCGCUGGACAAGUGAGGGUACUAGGAAGCGCCUUAUCUUCUGUACAAUGAUGGAGUACUUGGUUCUAGUAUGUGCUAGUGGACUUCAGGUGGUCUACAUCCGUCGCUUGUUCAACAAAUCAGUGGCAUAUAACACGAUUUAAUGCUUGAGUUUUUCUCAGCUCUGCAAUCUAAUAUUUAGUAUCCUUCGUAGUUUCUUAAAUUAAAUAAAACAGAUUUUUUUUGGUCAUUUUUGUAUGAUCAUUACCUCCUUCCCAGCUAUGAGCAGAAUUUUGGUUAUG